CUUUGAAGUCUAUUUUCAUAAUUGAGUGGUCUCUGUUCGAGAGGAGAGAGUAAUCAUCCAAAAAUCGAUCUGGAGCGAGCAGUGGUCUGUGAACUCGAGCUCUGAGAGUGCUGAAACUGUUUGGUGUAUAUCUCGAGUUAUACCAAUCCAAUUAAGGCGUGUGAGAUACCAAAAGAAAGAUCUCAAGACGAGGAAUCCGUGAAGGUCUGGUUUGCAUCAAUCGGAGUAGUGGAAGGCUUCCAAAUCGUCCGAGCAAAACACAACCUCGCAGAAACGGAUCUACUCUUCUAAAGUGAGUUGUUAAUCCCAAAACCUUUCCUUUCAUUUUCCAAAUGAUAUGAACGAUUGGUGGAACUAUUGUACACUAAUCCAAGUGUAUAAUAUGUCCUUGUAAAGUUAUUUUAUUGAUGAAAAGGUUAGAUACUAACCUAGAGUAAAUCUUGGAAAACUAGGAAACGUGUUCACCGGAAAACACCCAUUCUAGGGGCUGUUUUCGUACCAACGUUUAGGGGUUGAUCUAGCACUUUGAAGAGGCUGUUUAACACCCAUAUUUGAGCAAGGAAUCAGUUCCAAAUCCACCUUUACCAAAGUCUUGACCAUUGGACCAAGAAGGGAUAGUUUAAAGCUCAAUUGAGUUUCAGGUAGAACUUGAAGGUUGCUACCACCGCCCGUUGCUUCGGGAAGAUCAAAGGAGGGGGACGUGGUUCGUGCUUCUUCCGUUCCUGUUUUGAAAACAUUUUAAAUAAUGCUCAUGGAUAUUAUUCUCAAAUAUUGAUUUGGGGGCUUGUAUGCCCAUGUUUGUCAAGGUGUGGCUUCAACACUUGUAUUGAAUGUUUCCGCUGAUUUAAAUGAAUAUUUUGCAUUAUGUUUGUUUAUGGAUGUACUAUGUGUGAAUGAUAUUCCAGACGCCUUGUAUAGUAUGGAUGUGUUGGACUGCGGUUGACUAUUCGUACUGUACGGCGGGUUGUUGACGUGUCCGGACAGGUCCGGGGCGUGACAAUUUAAUUGGUAUCAGAGCCUUAGUCCGUAAACUUCAUAAUGAAGCUUCAAAACCUCUUUUUGAAAACGAAUUUGAAAACCAUGAGCAUAAAAAGUUUUGUACUUAUAGAACUUUUGGUACUUGAGUUGCAAAGUCUCUAAUUGUUAAGAUGGUACCCUUAACAAUUGGUAUGGCGGUGAUUUGAGCCAAAAGAUGUCUUUAAGUACCUAUCCGUCACUUGACAUUUGAUACGAGUCUAAUGGCUCAUUCUAAACUUCCUUCAGAAAUGGAACGUACCGGUAGAGUUACUUGACGGAACCCGACUGGCCAGGCGCUGGGAGGAUCCCAACGUGGCAGUCGGGGGGGGAUCAAGAGGGUCUAUGGGACAGGGCCGUGCAGGCCACUCGCUGACCGUGAGUGACGGUCACGUGGAAACAAUAGAUGAACACUAUGAGUCCGAGGAGGAUUCAACUUACCAACCGGGAACUGAGCCGGUUGAGACCCCAUAUGAGGGGGAACACGAUGAUGCUAGUGAUGAGAGUGAUGAUAAUAAUGCUCUUGAACGGAUUGAGGAAUUGCUCCGACAAUACCAACAAGAUCGCCAAAGGCGCCGGGCAGGGCGUGCUUUGGAAGGGGCUUCGAGGAGAGGAAGCCGCGCGACUCCUAGGGAGAGCAUUGAACUCCGAGGAGGUCGAGGUGACGAGGUUCCUAUCAUAAGGAUCUCAAAGUACUUAAAGGAGGCGAGAGACUUGGGAUGUAAACCGUUUGAUGGAACGGGAGACAUCUCCGUGGCGGCCGAGUGGAUCAAGAGAUUCAAUGAAGCGGCCCUUGAUAUGCAGCUGCCACCCCAUAUGAAGAUGAGAGUGGCAACGAGAUUGCUAGAAGGAAUGGCGUCCACGUGGUGGGACGGUGUCAAGGGAAAGUAUGGUGAGACGGUCACUUGGGAGAACUUCAGGCAAGAAUUCUUUAGCCAAUACUACUCCGACUUCGAGGUGAAGUUGAAGAGAAGGGAGUACACGAAUUUGACCCAAGGAGGGGAAUGCACGGUGAAGGAACUUGAGCACAAGUUCAGAAAACUUGCUGAGUUCAUACCGGAGUACAUUUGUGACGAAAACCGGAUGGUGAACCAUUUCUGGGAUGCCUUAGACCUUGACAUACGCGAGAGGGCAACACAAUUGCCUAAUAUGACGUUUAGUCAAGUGGUUGAACAAGGCUUGAAGGGAGAAAAAGAGUGGGAGGAAAGAAAGCGAAGGAACGCCGAAGAGGCGAAGAAGAGGAAAUGGGAGAACCAUGGCCCCCAAAGUUCUAACAAAAAGGGGAACCACGGGGGAGGGGGAUCGUUCAGAGCGCCGGCACCGCCAUCCAAGGGAAACUCGGCCUUCGGCGGGCACAACUCGGACUCACAAGCCUCAACGGCGCCCAGGUACAGAAAUUGCAACAGGAGCCACGCGGGUAAGUGUCGCGAUCCACCACGGUGUUACCAAUGUGGGGACACGGGGCAUAUUAAGCCAAAUUGCCCUCAACUUGGUAGGAACCGACGAGCGGGAUCAAGCGGCGCUACUACGGCGAGUAGGAGCCGAACCGGAGCACCUCAUGCUAGUACGGGGCAAGGGGGAGCAAGUACGAGCAACGCACCCUCCGUGAACCAAGGAAGGACCCAAGCAAGGGUCUACGCAAUUACGGAGGCGGAUACCCGAGCUAACCCAGAUUCGGUUGCUGGUACGACCGUUUAACUUCCCGUGUCUUACCCAUUCCUCAUCCAUAAAUUGAAGUUAUAAAUCCUAGAAUCCAGGUGGGAGCAGACGUAAGAUCGAAAUGGGAAAGGAGAGCAAAACCAUGCUACUACCCGACCGGGUAGGGCAAUAAACCCGACCGGGUAGGAGAAGUUUUUGCCCUCGUAAGCCUUCUGGAUCACGUACCCGACCGGGUAUAUUGGGUCACCCGAUCGGGUCCACUGAAAAAUCUUACUGGAAUACCCACUGGAACACCUACCCGACCGGGUCUGGUGAUGUACCCGACCGGGUCUGAUGAGAAAAUUUGGGCCCGACAUGCUACCAGACCGGGUAGAGUGGGAGAUUACCCACUGGAACACAAACCCGACCGGGUCUUAUGAUGUACCCGACCGGGUCUGAUGAAUAUUGUGGCCCGACUUGCUACCAGGCCGGGUAGAGUGAGAGAUUAUCCACUGGAACUCAUACCCGACCGGGUAUGGUAUGUUACCCGACCGGGUACACCCCAAGGUGUUCGUCAAAUGAAAAAGUUGUCUUCAUGAAAGUUGUAGAUAUUUUCAUUAUCUAAAUGAUGGAAUUUGAAUCGAACAAUUUGGUUAAGUAUGUGAAGAGAUAUGAUCAAAACGGUGAGACGGUGUCAAUUUAUAUCUCAACUGCGAACGACAACCAUAAUUGGGGGAUUUUGUCCACCGUAAGGACGUAAUUUCGCAUUAUGUUCUUCGUAGGAUUUGUCGGGAUGUUAGAGAGGUAUCUUACAUGGCUUAUAAAUGUAGGAACACUAAAGAUUAAUGGGAGAUGUGCGAGAAUCCUCAUCGAUACCGGGGCGCAACGAUCAUUUGUGAGUGAGGCAUUCGUCGGGGGAUUCAACGUACCCCUGGUACCGAUGGCUCAAGCUCUAUUGGUAUCCACACCCCUAGGGGAAGACAUCGAGAGAGAUAGCCACUAUCCAUCGUGCGAGGUGGAAGUGGAGGGCCAAAACUUGUCGUGUGAUUUCGUGCCGCCGAGUAUGAUUGAGUUCGAUGCAAUCCUGGGGAUGGAUUGGCUUGAGAAGCAUCAUGCUAGGGUCGAUUGUUACACGAAAGUACUUGAACUCGAAAGCGACGAAGGGGUAACCUUACGCUUCGAGGGGGAUAGGGCCAAAUCCAAUAGUUGUAUCAUAUCCGCCGUAAGGGCUAGGAGUAUGAUGAGAAAGGGAUGUCACGCUUAUCUAGCUUAUGUGAUAGACAAAACCAAGGAAGAGGCGAGCAUUGAUGAUGUGAGGGUAGUAUGCAAGUAUCCGGAUGUCUUUCCAAAAGACUUACCGGGACUUCCACCCGAUAGGGAGAUCGAGUUCGUGAUUGAGGUCGAGCCCGGCACCAAACCAAUCUCCAUACCGCCGUACCGCAUGGCACCCGCCGAACUUAACGAGUUGAAAACUCAAUUGCAAGAGCUUUUGGAUAACGGUUUCAUUAGACCAAGCCACUCCCCGUGGGGAGCACCGGUUCUUUUUGUGAAAAAGAAGGAUGGAACACUUCGAAUGUGCAUCGACUAUCGACAACUGAACAAGGUCACAAUCAAGAAUAUGUAUCCUUUGCCUAGGAUUGAUGACUUGUUUGAUCAACUACGAGGAGCAACCGUGUUUUCAAAGAUUGACUUGAGGUCGGGGUACCACCAAUUGAAGAUUAAGAAGGAUGACAUACCGAAGAGUGCUUUCCGCACGAGGUAUGGGCAUUUUGAGUUCCUUGUUAUGUCGUUUGGGUUAACAAACGCCCCGACGGCAUUCAUGGACUUGAUGAACCGAGUAUUUCACAAAUACUUGGACCGAUUCGUGAUUGUGUUCAUUGAUGACAUCUUGAUUUACUCAAAGAGUGAGGAAGAGCACGAAGAGCACUUGAUACUCGUUCUUGAGACACUACGGGAGAAGCAACUUUAUGCCAAAUUUUCUAAAUGUGAAUUUUGGCUUAAGGAAAUUGGCUUUCUCGGGCAUGUGGUUUCGGGAUCGGGAAUUGCUGUUGAUAAUAAGAAGAUAGAGGCCAUUACCGAAUGGGAGAGACCAAAGAAUGUCAAGGAAAUUCGUAGUUUCCUUGGAUUGGCAGGAUACUAUAGAAAGUUCGUGGAGAAAUUCUUCGUUUUGGCAUCACCAUUGACAAAGCUCACUCGUAAAGGAGCUAAGUUUGUAUGGGAUGACAAAUGUGAGAAAGGGUUCAUUGAACUAAAGAAGAGAUUGACCGAGGCACCAGUACUUGCAUUACCCAAACAGGGUAUGGGGUACGAUGUCUAUAGUGACGCGAGCAUCCAAGGGCUUGGAUGGGUGUUGAUGUAGGAGGGGAGGGUAAAUGCCUAUGCUUCACGACAGUUGAAGAAGCAUGAGGUGAAUUACCCUACCCAUAAUCUAGAGCUGGGAGCAGUGGUGUUUGCACUGAAAAUUUGCAGACAUUAUCUCUAUGGAGAGACAUGUCACAUGUAUACUGAUCAUAAGAGCUUGAAGCAUGUGUUUACUCAGAAAAAGUUAAAACAUGAAGACAGAGAGGGUGGAUGGAGUUGAUAAAGGACUACCAUCUAGUUGUUGAGUACCAUCCAGGUAAGGCAAACGUUGUAGCAGAUGCCCUCAGUCGGAAGAGUUGUCUGGGGCAUUGUCGACUAGUUUGAGGGCAUUGAGGGGAACUACGCUGUGCAACCAAUCAAGGUCACCAAUAGAAAGGUGAAGAAACUGAGGAGCAAAGAGGUCCCAAUGGUUAAAGUACUUUGGAAGAGCGAUCAGGUCGAAGAAGAGACAUGGGAAACAGAGGCUUUGAUGAGAAAGCAGUAUGCUUUCCUAUUCGAGUAGAGCUGUGAAUUUCGGGGACGAAAUUCCUGUUAAGGGGGGGGUGAACUUGUGACACCGCACCCGAACGUCCUUGAAAAUUUGAUUUUAAAAUUCAAAGUUUAUGUAUUGGAUUUCUGAUUCCCAAACGAUUGUAAAACGAUUAAUGUUUUACGUAAUUAAUGAUCGAUUAUUGUACUAUUCGAACUCGUAUAUAAGUAUCGGGCCUUAUUAAUAAAUAAAAGAGCCUAACAUUAUCUAAAUAGUAACACAUAACGUUUCAAGACAAGUUGAGGAAGGGCGGGCGGCCCAGAUAUUAUUUUGGGCCCAACCCGCUAGAAUAGCAAGUAUUCGAGAAUGGCGUCGUAGGCCCACUCGGGGCGACCCACACGGCUUGUAGCCCAAUAAUAUGAAUGACAAAUGUCAAAAAAAAAAGUGAUAGGAUGAAUUGAGAUGAAUAAAAAUGUCUAUGAUCCCAUCUUUGACAUUAUUGAGCUAAUAAUGGGAGUAGGAUUUUCCUUCUAUAAUGUCCAUCAAGUAAAUUUUUGAGAUGAGCCUACACAUAUUGGAGAUCAAUAAUGUGAUGUAGGAAGUUGACUUGUUCUAAAUAAAUUAGGAUGAGUACAAAAAGACAUCUUUGACAAAAGAUAAAACAAUAGAACUCAUCUUCCCAUUUUUGGAGGUAUUGAUAGAUAUUUUGGACCCCAAAAUAAUUGGGAUCAAUGGGGAACCACUCCACAUGAUAUUAGUACCUGCAAGACAAAUAAAAAUGGGUGAGAAGACUUACCUUGGCCGACCACCAUGGAGAGGAGCUGUACAAGACUUGAUAGGAAUCAAAUGUUGGGCCACCAUCUCCAUUUUUCGCACAAAAUGGUGUGCUGUUUGUCUCCACUCAUUAUGGGAGUUAUACUCGACCAAACAACGUGUAUAAGGUGUCCUUGGAUAGCCUUUGAAGUCUAUUUUCAUAAUUGAGUGGUCUCUGUUCGAGAGGAGAGAGUAAUCAUCCAAAAAUCGAUCUGGAGCGAGCAGUGGUCUGUGAACUCGAGCUCUGAGAGUGCUGAAACUGUUUGGUGUAUAUCUCGAGUUAUACCAAUCCAAUUAAGGCGUGUGAGAUACCAAAAGAAAGAUCUCAAGACGAGGAAUCCGUGAAGGUCUGGUUUGCAUCAAUCGGAGUAGUGGAAGGCUUCCAAAUCGUCCGAGCAAAACACAACCUCGCAGAAACGGAUCUACUCUUCUAAAGAAACGUGUUCACCGGAAAACACCCAUUCUAGGGGCUGUUUUCGUACCAACGUUUAGGGGUUGAUCUAGCACUUUGAAGAGGCUGUUUAACACCCAUAUUUGAGCAAGGAAUCAGUUCCAAAUCCACCUUUACCAAAGUCUUGACCAUUGGACCAAGAAGGGAUAGUUUAAAGCUCAAUUGAGUUUCAGGUAGAACUUGAAGGUUGCUACCACCGCCCGUUGCUUCGGGAAGAUCAAAGGAGGGGGACGUGGUUCGUGCUUCUUCCGUUCCUGUUUUGAAAACAUUUUAAAUAAUGCUCAUGGAUAUUAUUCUCAAAUAUUGAUUUGGGGGCUUGUAUGCCCAUGUUUGUCAAGGUGUGGCUUCAACACUUGUAUUGAAUGUUUCCGCUGAUUUAAAUGAAUAUUUUGCAUUAUGUUUGUUUAUGGAUGUACUAUGUGUGAAUGAUAUUCCAGACGCCUUGUAUAGUAUGGAUGUGUUGGACUGCGGUUGACUAUUCGUACUGUACGGCGGGUUGUUGACGUGUCCGGACAGUUCCGGGGCAUGACAAAAUCACAUAUUAUCCACAUAUAAGCAAAUAAUAAUGCACACACCUUUUCACAUUUAGUGCAAACACACUUAUCUACUUCUACUGAGGUAAAAUCAUGAAUAAAUAACACUACGUCAAAUUUUCC